AUUAUUAUUGCACUUUAAUACUUGUUAAAGAUGUUCAGCGUUAGAAGAGCUGCCAUUAGAAUGAGAGCAAUGCCAACAGAGAAUAUUUUGCACAUGAUUCCAUCUAGAACAUUUGCUAUCCAUAAGUUGAAGGGAAAGCUAGCGGAAAUUAUUCCAGAAGUUCAAGGAAGACUAAACACUCUUAAGAAGGAACAUGGGACUAAGAUCUUGCAGACUGUUAAUGUCAACCAAGUUAUCCAAGGAAUGAAAGGCAUUAAAGGAGUUAUUUACGAGACUUCUGAAAUCUACCCUACUGAAGGAGUAAAAUACAGAGGAUACAGCAUUGACGAAAUUGUGAAGAUGACUCCAUCCUUUGUCGAAGGAGGAUCCCCUGCACCAGAGGGUGUCCUUUGGUUAUUCUUAAGUGGAGAGUAUCCAACUAAAGAGGAGUUUGACGACUUCGUGCUUGACUUGAAGGAGAGAAGCUACAUCCCUGACGAGACUAUUGAAUUCAUUAGAUCAUUUCCUAAAAAUAUGAGUCCAAUGACCCAGUUCUCUAUGGGUAUGCUUGCUUGUCAGAAUAUGUCUACAUUUGCUCAAAACUGUGAGAAUGGAAUUGCAAAGGACAAGCACUGGGAAGCAAUUUAUGAUGAUUGUAUCAAUGUCGUUGCUAAAAGCUCAAAAGUUGCUGCACUAGUCUUUAACAAUCUCUACAAUGACAAUAAAGACCUUCCUGAUUUUAUGGACGAUAAGCUUGACUUUGGUGCAAAGUAUGCACACAUGCUUGGAUACGACAGUGAAGAUAUGUAUGAAUUGAUGAGACUUUACCUUGUUCUUCACAUGGAUCAUGGAGGAGGAAGCGCUGGUGCUCAUACCAAUAAAUUGGUAGGAUCUGUACUCUCCGAUCCAUAUCUUUCAUUUUCUGCCUCCCUCAGCACAAUUGCAGGACCUUUGCAUGGAUUAGGUAGUCAAAAUUGCUUAAAAUGGUACUUAGAAAUCGUGGAUAAGUACGGAGAGAAUUGGACCAAAGAUGACAUUGUUGAACACGUGCACUACACUUUAAAUAAUAAGAGGGUCGUCCCCGGAUAUGGGCAUUCUGUAGUCAGAAUGGCUGAUCCAAGAUUUAUCCAUCAGCUAAAAUUUGGUCUAACCCACUUCCCAAAUGAUAAUUUGAUCAAAUUGGUGAAUGCUUGCUACGAAGUGAUCCCAGAUCUAUUGCCAAAAAUCAAGUCGACAAUUUCAAGUCCAUAUCCAAAUCUUGUAGCUUGUUCUGGAGCACUUUUAAUGCACUUCGGUAUGGACCAACUCGACUACUACACUGUGCUGUUCGGCGUUUCAAGAUCAUUUGGAUAUAUGUCUUCUCUAUUAUGGGACAGAGCUCUUGGACUCCCAAUGGAAAGACCAGGAUCAUUCACAGUUAAAGGACUUCUAGAGACAGCGAAAACUAUUGAAUAGUUCAUCCAUAAAACCCAUGUUUCAAUCAAACCAAUAUCUAAA